CGGCUGCGGAUCCAGAGUUUCCUGAUUAAAAAAAAAAAAGUUUUUUUGUCUGUGAUUUUUGUUCCAGUUCGUGAAGUUUCUCCUCGCGCAGGCGCAAACUAAGUUAUCCAGUAUUUUUAUUUGGCCGUUUAUUUCACUCAGCUUUUAAGAAAAAGUGUGUCAGAGUGCAGCCAAAGAAGCACAGAGCCCGGAGCUUUCAGGCCGCGAUGACUUCCCCGCAGGAGGAGGGUGCGCACUCACCCAGGCUGGAGGCAGUGAUUCAGAAGCUGGAGGAGUCUCUCCUUCAGUCUGAUGGCAGCUCAGGAGAGAGGAGUCUGAUACUUCAAGGUGAGGGGCAAGAAUCUGGAGCCACGCCUGUGCCUGUCUCCUCUCGCAUCCGCCAGAUCAUCACCCGCAACCUGUCUGAGCCAUCGGCAGGUGAGGGUUCAGAGUUCAGCGGGCCGGAGGAGAGCAGGGCCCUGAGGGAGCAGCUGUCUCCAAGCCAGAUGGACGAGGACCGGCCGCUAGUCAAACAGUCCGGUCUCACAGACAGGCUCGAUCGGAUACUGAUGCUGCAGGCAGCGGUGGACUCGGACCAGCACAGUGUGUCAACAGAAGCCAUGCAGCCGCAGAACAAGGAGCAGGCCUAUAGGCAAAAACUGCUGACCUACCAGGAAGCCCAGCAGAGACAGGUCCAGCUUGUUCAGAAGCUGCAGACCAAGGUUAUUCAGUACAAGAAGAGGUGCGGGGAACUCGAAGAGCAGAUUCUGAAGAAGACGUCCGAGUCUGAGAAGAUGAGAUUGUUGCUCCAGGCUCACCUGGACAAAGUCGAGUAUCUGCAGCGGGCUGAGCAGGAUCUCAACGUAGCUAUCCAGAGUAAGUCUGCUCAGCUGGAAGAGGAAAAAAAGAGGUGUGCCGGCCUCAGCCAAGUGAACUCCGUGCUGCGGGAACAGCUGGACCAGGUGGGCACUGUCAACGUGGGACUAACAGAGAGCUUAUGGAAGGCCCGGGAAGACGCCGAGUUGUGUGAUACUCAUCUGCGGAGAGAGCAAGAGACGUGCGCCUCCCUGUUGAGUCGGGAACAGGCUCAUGUCAGAGCGCUGUGGCGCCAGGCCGCCUCCCUGCGGAGCACUUUCACCCAGCUAAGGACUUUCACUGACAGAACUCUGUCUGAUAUGCAUGGUGAGUGCGUCGCUGCUAGCCGGCAGCUACAUGCUGCCUGCGUGAACUUAGAGGCCAGAGUGACACAAGGGACCUGCGGGGGUGUUGAGAUGUCGGCUCUGGAGAGGCAGCUGAAGGACAAGCUGAAAGAGGCCAUGCAGCUUCAGGCUCACUGGGAUGCAGAGAAGGUCAAACUCAACUCCAGAAUCCUGGAACUGACCGACACAGUGAAGCACCUCCGAAGCCAGAACAGUGAGAAAGAUGCCAGCCUCAGCACCAUGCAGAUCAGUCUGGACAGGAUGGAGACGAGGAGAACCGAGGAUAAAGCGGAGAUGGAAAUACUCCACACAGAGAUCCAAGCCCUCCAAAAGAUUUUACGCCUUGUUCACCAGUUAGUUAGCAGCGAGGGUGACGGCCGUGGCCCUGAAAGUGUGCUGUCCUCGCCUCUCUGUGGCCGUUCUCCUCUGAGGAACAGCACUGUGAUAGCAGUACAGACUGCACUCUCCAAGCACCACAAACAAACACAGGAGCUACAUGCACAUUUGGAGGCUGCUCUGGAGCAAGUGGCCACACUGCGUGAACACCAACAGGAGAGGGAUGCUGAGAGGAGAGAGUUGGAGCAGAAGAUCCAGGAAGUGAGGCGGGAAAGUCAGGAGGCUAAAAACAGUCUGGAGGAAAGCCUCAGAGACAGCAACAGAUAUCACCGCUCGCUGGAGCUCAUCUCCAAUGAGAAAUGCAGCCUGGAGAAGCUGCUGUCAGGGCUGCAGCAGGAAGUGGACUCCCAGCGUGUUGAGAUGGAGGUACUGCGGAGCUCCUCGCUGGAACUCCAGAGACAGAAGGACCUCCUGAGGCAGCAGAGAGAGGAUCUAGAGAUGCAGCUGGCACGCCAGCACAUGGAGGCCCAAAGAGGUGAGAGGAGUCGGCAGGAGCUCGAAGGGAAGCAAUCAGAUCUGCGCAGGGAACUUGUGACAGUGAAGGAGGCUCUGAGCCAAAUCACCCUGCAGAAGGAGGUGCUGGAGGACGACAAGGCCAGCCUCGCUCUGGCUCUCACAAAGAUGGAAUCUCAGAGUGCUACACAGGAGAUGGGCCUCAGCAAACUGCAGAAUCAGGAGGCUGCCCUCAAAGAUUCACUUGCCAAAAUGACUGCCCUUAGUGAAGGCUUAGCAAAAGACAAGGUGGAGCUCAAUCGUAUUCUGCUGCAGGCAGAAGGGGAGAAGACCGAGCUUGGUGAACGUAGACGGGAAGCUGAGGUGGACCGGGCAGCGGCCAGAGAGCAUGCAGCACGGGCACAAAAGGAGAUGAUGGAUCUGAUUUCUGAGAAACAAGCCCUGGAGAGCUCCCACAGCCACUUACAGCAUCUCUGCCAGAAGCUAGAAGAAGAGCUGAACCUGCUGCAGAAGGAGAAAGCUCAGGCUCUGGAGAACCACUCACAGGUCAAAAGGCAGUUACACUCUGUGACAGAGGAGCUGUGUGCGUGCAAGAAGGAGCUGGAGACACAGACCGCAACCAUAAAGAGAGCUACCCAUGACAGGGAGGAGCUGGCCAAGGACAAGGCAGCUCUGGAUGUCAAGCUAAAUUCCGCUGACCGAAAGGCCUGUGGUCUCACGCAGGAGCUGGUCGCAUUGAGAGCAGAGAAGGAGUCCCUGGAGACGGCCCUGUUUGAGAGCCAGGAGCUCGCCUCGUCUCUGGAGGCUGAGCGCACCAGGUUGGAGGGGGAGAGGCGCGGCUUGCUCUCAGCUAACGAGGCCUUGACGCGUGAAGCUGCUCAGGUGCGAGCAGAUGCUGAACAGCAAUUUGCACAAGCGACAGAAGAAAGAAGUAAGUUGGAGGAGAAACUGGCUCAGGUGGAGAGGAGUACCCUGUUGACUCUGAACAGCAAAGAGCAAAUUCACAGAGAGCAGCUCGAAGCAGAGCGUCAGCAAAAGGAGCAGCAGCGUGCCGAGCUGAUGCUUCAGCGGGAGCAAGCCGAGGAGCAGCUGCGCAGACAGUGUGAGGAGCUGCGUGUGCACAGCCAGAAGGAGCUGCAGCGGGUGCAAGAGGAGCUGGCCAGGCUGAAGCACGAGUUCAGCCAAAGCCUCCUGCAGGCUGAGAAUGAAAAGCAGCAGGCUUUGUCUCAGAAGGAGGCAGAGAAGGCUGUCCUCACAGAGACGCUCGCAUCCCUGCGACAGGACCUGGCCACAGCAGACAUGGAGAUGGAACGCCUGCAGAGGGCAUCACUUAGCAAACAGGAGCGGGGCGAGAAUGAAAUGGCCGUCCUUCGGUCUGAGCUGCGAGAACUGCAGGUGCAGUUUGAAGAGUCUUUGAACUCCCAUCAGAGCGCCAACAAGAGCCUCACUGAGCAGCUCAGAGAGCUGAACCAACAGAGAGAGCAUGCUCAACAGGAGUUGGAGGGCCUCCGUCAGCAGCUGCAGGAGGGAGAGGAUGGACGUGUUAAAGGCCAAAGGGAGCUGAUUGAGGCUCACAGAGAGCUUCAGGGCUGCGCACAGGAGCGAGACAAGCUACAAAAAGAAGCAGUGGACCUGAGACGGCUUUUGGGUGAUGAGACCAGAGAGAAAGAGGCCAUCCAGGCCUCCAACCAGGAGCUGAGAGCGUUCAUCAAGAGAGCCGAGAGUGACAACAGCAGUUUGAGACGAGCGGUGGAGGAGAACGAGCAGAAAGUGGCCGUCUUAGAGGAGCAGAAGAGCUCGAUGCAGCAAGAGGCAACGAAUCUGCGGAGCAGCAUGAGAGAGCUGGAGAAGGCUCGUCUGCAGGCGCGCAGAGAGCUGCAGGAGCUGCGCAGACAGAUAAAGGUGCUUGAAGGCGAGAACAGCCGGCAGAAACAGGAACUGCGGGAGCUGCAGGCCCGGGUGUGUCAGGGGGAGCAGAAAGAGGAGGAGGCACGUGGCGAGGCGUUCACGCUCAGGCAGAGAGUGCUGGAGUGUGAGGCUGGCAGGGAAGCGGUGCUGAACGAGGUUGCAGGUCUGCAGCGUCGUGUGAUGGAGCUGGAGUCAGCGGAGGAUCAGAGCCGAGAGCUGCUGCAGGAAAAAGAAGCUUUUCAGCAGCAGAGUGACCAGAGGCACAGAGAAACCACUGCCCAGCUGGAGGCAGCACUGGAGGAUGCCAGGAUGGAGAUCAAGGAACUCUCCAUGCAGGUCGGUGUGGGUAGAAACAAGGCCCAGGGCCUGGGAGAGCAGCUGGAAGCCAGCGAUGCUAAAUGCAGGGACCUGGAGCUCAAGCUGGCAGCGCUGUGUGCAGCUCUGCGCCGCACUGUUGGCAUCAACCAUUCGAGGCUUUCAGAAAAACCGGGGUCACGAAGACGGACUCCCUCUCCCUGGAGAGGCCACUUGCACAUAAAAGGAGGAGAGAGUGAGACCGUGUCUUAUGGUGAAGACAAAGAGCUGGACAUCCAAUCAGUGCACACAGCCCUGCAGGAGUUCCAGCAGGAACUCAGGGAUGCUCAGAGAGAAAGGGAUGAAGCCAAGGCUCAGGUGGUCAGUCUAACUCAGCAUGUGACUGAACUCAGAGGCAGUCAGGAUAAGUCAGCCACCCAACUGCUGCAACUACAGAAGUCCCUGAAGCAAUCAGAAGAGGGAAAACGAGAGAUGGAAGAACAUUUGCACCAGGCACACACUGCCCUUACCCUGCAGGAAGAAGCAGCACGUCGCACAGAGAGAGAGAAGAGAAGCCUUGAGGAGGAAAUAGCUCAGCUCAGGACGAGUCUGCAAGCCGCUCAGGCUGAAUCCAGGGCACUGCAGGACAAGUUGGAGAUUGUUCAAGAGUUAGAAACCUGUUCAAAUGCAGAACAGCGGAAACUGAGGAAAUCUCUGGAGGCAGCAGAAAGCAGGGUGAGAAGUCUGGAGCUUUCUCAACGUGCCCUCGAAGGAGAGCUGCAGAGGGCCCAGCUGAGAGUGGCAGAGCUGGAUGCUGAGGCGAGCGCGUUGCAGGAGAGGCUGACAGACAUGAGGAGGAAGCUGGGUGAGAGUGAAGACCGGAGCGCAGCGCUGAGGGUUAGCGAGGAGAGGCUGACCGCAUCACUGGCUCGAGGCGAACAGCACGAGAGCCAGCUGAGAGACAGGAUUCACCAGAUGUCAAACACCCUCAGUGACAGCAGGAGCAACACCGGAGCCCUGCAGGAGCAGAUAACGCAGCUGCAGAGGGCUCUGACUGCCAGCGAGCAGGACCGCAGGCUGCUGCAGGAACGUCUGGAUAAAACACGAGACGCCCUCUCAGAGAGUAAGAGGCUGAACCACACGCUCACAGAGCAGAGCCAGAACCUUCAAAGAGUCCAAGAGGACUCAGACUUUAAAGUUUCUGAGCUCGAGAAACAUAACAGAACCCUGAAGGAGAGCCUGAAGCAACAGCAGGAGGCCGAACUGCAAACCUCCCAGCAGCUGCACGGAGAGAAGAAGGAACUCCAAGAAAAGGUCACCGGUCUCCAGAGCUCCUUGCAAAAGCUCCAGAGUGAGAAGGCAGGGAUGGAGAAGGUGGUGGCACGCUUCAAUAAAGACAAAUCUGCACUUAGAAAAGCACUGGAGAAGGUGGAGAUGGAGAGGUUGAAGAAGGAGGAGGAGGCAGUGUCUGCCGCCAGAGCGCGAGAGCAGCUGGAGCAGGCGGUGCGCAGCCUGGAGCGGCAGCUGGCUGCAAAACAGGACGAGGUGCAGACUCUGCAGGUCCAUGUCUCCCAGAUGGAGCACAGUCAUGCACAGCGCCUCCUGGAGGUGACAGCCCGCCAUCAUCAGGAGCUGGAUAUGGAGACGGAGCGUCUGAGAGAUACUCAGCUUCAAGCAGAGCAGGCUUUGGAGAGCAGGGAGAAGGCUCAUCGGCAGAGGGUCAGAUGCCUCGAGGAUCAGGUGCUGGCACUGAAAGAGCACCUGGAUCAGGAGACAAGAAGACGGCAGGCCUAUUUCAAUCAGAUGCUUCAGCCUGGCGUGUAGGCAGAGUGAGAGCGAGCUCCUCUGCCUCCUCUGGCAGCUUGAUGUUUGAAGCUGCAUCUCCAUUUGGACGCACACGCGGACAAACACACUCCUGCGCUGGCUCCCACCUUGCACAUGUGCACACAGGAUUACAUUAAUCCAAAGGAAAACUCAACAACAACAAACAAAGAGCGUUUUGUUUAUAAGUGAAUGGAUGUGCCAAAUUGUUUUAAGGAUUUCCUCUGACUCACCACAGUUGGCAUUUCUAAGCCUGCUCAUGCUGUGUCAUUUUUUAAGGUUUUCUUGAUUUGUUUUCUUCCACUCUUAAUUUUUUAGAAACUAAUCUGUCAUAUUGGUCAUGUGAAUCCUUAUAAGAAUAUAUACUAGUACAGAUCCAAAUAUGUUGAAUAAUC